CCUCCAUUCCAACAGGGAGUGGACAGUGCACAAGACCAUUGUAGCAAAUGUAGAAUUUGACCACAGACAUUUGAUCCAGCGUGAAUAGCUUCACGUAUGCAUUAACUAACAAUUAACAGAAAGAGCUUUUUCUGCGUCGGACGCUAUGGCGAGUGGUGACGACGUGAGGGGAAACGUGAAGAAAUACUAUGGCAGUCGACUGGAGUCUUCUGGUGACUUACAAACAAGUGCCACCGGCUGCAGUUUGUCCUCUGUCCGUGUCCCAAAACCUGUCAUCGACGCACUGAGCCUGGUUCACCCAGAGGUAAACAAAAGGUUCUUUGGAUGUGGCCUUCCGUUCCCAGCAAAGCUGGAGGGCUGCAGAGUGCUGGACCUCGGCAGCGGCUCCGGCAGAGACUGUUAUGCCUUCUCUAAACUUGUUGGCGAGAAUGGACAUGUGACUGGGCUCGACAUGACAGAGGAACUGGUGAACGCGUCUCGUCAGUACAUUGAUUAUCAUCAAAAGAAGUUUGGCUAUGAGAAGCCUAACGUCACUUUUGUGCACGGGUACAUGGAGAAGCUCAGUGACGCCGGCAUACAGAGUGACUCCAUGGAUGUUCUGUUAUCCAACUGUGUAAUCUGUCUUUGUCCUGAUAAGAGAGCCGUCCUACAGCAGGCCUACAAUGUCCUCAAGGAAGGAGGGGAAAUGUAUUUCAGUGACAUGUAUGCAAGCGCUGUUAUUCCUGACCACAUGAAGCAAGAUGAAGUCCUGUGGGGUGAAGGAAUGAGUGGUUCUCUGUUUUGGCAAGACCUAAUUUCAUUGGCCCACAGCGUAGGUUUCAGCACUCCACGCCUUUUUUCGGCGAGCCACAUUGUCGUCUACAACAGUGAACUCAAAGCAAAAGCUGGAGACAUCAGUUAUGCUUCAGGGACUUAUCGGCUCUUCAAGCUGCCCAAAACUACAGUCAUGUCACGGGCGUUGGUUACUUAUAAAGGAACUGUGCCAAGUUUCCCAGAUCAGCUGGACUUUGAUUCAACACAUUGCUUCAAGAAAGAUGUUGCAGUGGAGGUCGAUGGAGAGAUGGCAGUGAUCCUCCAGAGUUCCCGUUUUUUUCCUGAUUUCGAAAUUCAGACUUUGGAUAAACCAGAGUCCAGCUCAGAGUCAACAUCACAGUACUGCCACCUCAACCCAUUUGUGUUGGCUGACAAACGUGGAUCCUCUGUCACACAAUGCUCCAAAACAAGAAAAUGUAGUGACACAUGAAUGCAGCAUAAAGAAGACUGAGGACAGCUGCAAAGUAAAAUCUCAUACUCUGCCUUUGAAGGGCCAUUAGAGGAUAAUAAUUAGACCUUUUCUCUAUAAUUGCAUUCUUUACAUCAUUAAUAAUGUGAUACUAACAUAGUGCAUAGCUUGAAAUUUACAUCCUCACAUUACAUCAAUAAAGGUUAAUACUUUUGUAGCAAUGAUCCUUCAUGUUCUAUAGCUAUAGUCCAGCAAAAUUAAACUGAAAUCCCCAAAUCAUUCAUUCAAAGUUCAUAUCUUGCUCUUCAAAUGCUGCUUCAUGCCCCAUGAAGGUAUUUUCUGAUCUGAAAAGAUGAAGCUGUGACUAAGAACCUUCAGUAUUUCAGCAGAACUAGUUUCUUUAAUUACAGCAUGUAUGUAAUUAAGUGGUGACGCCAUAAACUCCCCAUUUAAAACACAGGAGCUUCACAUUAUAAAACCUACUGUCCAAUGAUUUAACAACCUGCUAGUAGUUAUACAGUUAUAUAAAAGGAUACUGUCUAUAGCGAUGUGUGGCCACUAGGUAUGGCAAUGUUUCAGGUUUGUACAUGGGGCAGUAAACAAGGUUUUAAAAUGUCUUAAACCCUUUCCAUACCACAAUUCAAGUGGAUUUGUUCAAGUGUAAUAAAACUAAAUUCUUGUUGUCACAAGGUGGCAUGCAUGUAUGUGUCACAGAUUUGACCCUGUACAGUUAUAUUAACUGAAUAUGUGCAAAUGAAAUUACAAAUAUGUUCUGAUCUGUAUAAAAGCCAGUUAUAAAACACA